UUCAUUUUCGUACAAUGUAAAUUUGCAAUAGGGAUUAUAUUUGUUAAUAAAUUAAUAGAAAGGAACAACAACAACAAAAAUAAGCAAGUAAAUAAAGUUUAUCGACGGCUCACGAAUGGAUCUGGUGGAUAUAGAUCAGGUUUUGGAUAAUUUGGAAUUGGAAUUGGCUGCCUCAACGACAGCGGAAAACCAUGAUCUAAAUCAGCGUCGGCCAUUGGGUGAUGGAGCCAGUGGGGGAUCAGCAGCACCGGGUCCAGUCGGGGGAGCAACUGUAGUCCCACCAAAGAGCCCUUUUGUGGGCGUCUCACAGGUGUUCAAUAGUCUCGAUGAUUACAGAAAUAAUGUGAAAUCCUUGGAGCAAACUCCACAAACGUACAACUGGCAAACGGAGGAACAGGAGAAGGAAAUACCCACCCACAGUAGAGAGCAGCCAGCAGAAAUUGAAGAUGACGAUGAUGAUGAGGAGGAGGAGGAAGAGGAACCUCACGAUGACAUUAACAAAUUCAGUGAGGAGCAGCAGAAGGCCCUUAAAAAUGGCAAUGAAACCAAUUCAAGGCAAAGAUCAUCUUCAUCCGAGUCAUUGACAACAUCCUCGUGUUCAACUUUCUCUUCUGGCCCCUCGCCAGUCAGUCAAUCCGAGGAAUUGAGCGAUAAAGUGCCAAGUGCCCUAGAGGUAAAAGUUCCAUCGGGUCAACCACCUCCUGCAAAGGAGCAAAAAGUAAACGAAUUGGCUCAGGGUCUAUCAUCUAUAUCGCUGACAAAUACCACUGAGUCCAUGUUACCUGAAGAGGUGACCGCCUCCUCUGCUUUGGUUAAAGUUAUCAAUGAACUGGAACAGAUGGAAGAGCAGGAUACAUCCACAAAAUUGGUAGAAAAUAUUCCGCCAACUGAGGAAAUUGCUAAUCCACCUGCCCAAGCGGCAAUGCCUGUUGCCAAAGCUAACAAAGAGUUACCCAAACAUAGUCAACCCUUGACUUUUUGCUCGACAAUGGAUGAAAUAUCGGAUACAGAAUUGGAUAGCAUGCUGCAGGAGAUUGACAUUGAACAGGAAGAGAUUUCACUUUCCGCUUCGCCUGUAACAGAAGAGGAAUCGGUGAGAAUUCUAUCCGAACAAGAUGAAAGAGAAUCCCAUUCCCAUGACCAAAUGAAUGUCGAUAAUUUCUCACAAGCCUCGACUGUGGAAUUCGCUGAGCUGAGACCACAAGAGACAGGUGGAAUAGUCAAUAAUGCGGAUGGGGCAUCCUCAUUUGGCAGCUCUGAAACGGAUUCCCUCUCCGGCCGUAAACUAGAAGCAGAGGAAGCUCUAGAACAAGAGUCACAGCAGCAGGAAGCGAUAGAGGGCAAACAGCAGGGGGAGGAGGAGAUGGUGGAGCAACGUCCUCAAAGGCCACAGACAUUGGAUUUAAAUGGCUAUCAAGGAGAUAAUGCAGGACAGACGCCGCCGGCGGCAUCUACGGAGGAAUUGCAGCCACCAGCUUUAGAGGGCGAACCCCAAGUGGAAGCAGAAGCAAAUGGAGAUGGAUUAGCCGAUGAUGAUAGUCCCAUUUAUGAGGCAGUCGGUUAUAGCGAUGAUCCUCAUGCAAAUUUGGGCAAAGUUCCACCCAUUUGGGUGCCCGACAAUAUGGCCGGCCAAUGUAUGCAAUGUCAUCAGAAAUUCACCAUGAUCAAGCGGCGUCAUCAUUGUCGUGCCUGUGGCAAAGUGCUCUGUUCCAUUUGUUGUUCCCAGAAAUUUCAUUUGGAAUUCGCCAACGAGCAGGAAUCUCGUGUCUGUGUGCAAUGUUUCAUGAUCCUGAGUGAACGACAAGCGGGCGGUGUGGCCACAUCGACAGCAGCGGCUUCAGCCGCUCUGCCACCCACCCCAAUGAGAUCACCCAAUCCCAAUAAUCCCAUGGAGUACUGCUCCACAAUACCGCCGCAUUGUCAGGUGGCGGCAUCUCAGUCUGGUGGCCAACCGCCUAGUGUGAUUGUUCCUGUUGGUGUUCUGAAGAAACCCUCCACCGAGGGCAGCUCCUCCAAUAGCAGUUCCUCAUCAGAUGGUCAAAAGAAUCGUAAACGUAAAAGUGUCAUGUUCAGUGAUGGCAUUGCUCCGGGCAGUGAGCUGGCCAGCUCCAUGGAACAGCAACAAUGGGGCGAACAGUCGUCCAACAAACAGACGAGACGCGGUCAAAGGAACAAUUCUGCUGGUGGUGGAGGACAGAAACCCCCGACACCAGCUAGCAACGAAUCACGCAGUAUUGAUAGCACCACAAUGGGUCUGGUGGCCCAAUUAUUUAGAGGAUCCAUUCCACCCAGUGCAGCGGCUGCCACCCUAACAGCAGUCUCUCAGGAGCCUUCAAGUCGAGCUGUUGCUCCUGUUGCCACGGCUCAAACAUCGCCACGUCGAAAGGCGGAUGCAGUGCGUUCACGUAAAUUGCCACCAAAUGGUGAUGCUCAAGGUUGUUAUAUACCCAUCGAAGAGAAUGCUUUGCCUCCCAUAUGUGUGACCUCCAGUCAGGCGACCAAUUGCUGUGAUGUGGACUACAAGGAAGUCCGAAAUGAUAAGGAUCUUGUCGAGAGAUUGCAACAUGAAACACUAAAGUUUAUUGUGAAAAACAAUUUCUAUGUCUACGUCAAGAUUGUCAACAUGAGCUGUUGCAUGAAUCGUUGGGUAUUGAAUUUUACCACCUCGGGACUGCAUCAUGUGGGCAAUGAUGAAUUGAUUAUAUUACUGGAAAUUAAGGAACCCAACACGAAUAAUAAGGCCGAGUCACUUGAGGCCGUUCCACGUGAUGUGUUUCAGCAUUUGUAUGAGAUUUAUGUUGAGGCCGAAAAUGCACGUUCGGGCAUACAUGAGUUGGCCUUCAGUAGUCCAAGGAAGGCCAAUUUCCUGGGCUCACGUGAGCAUGGUGGCUUCAUUUAUCUACGACCCACCUAUCAAUGUUUACAGGGUGUCAUUGUGCCGGAGAAUCCAUAUUUAGUGGCUGUUCUCAUACAUCGUCACGAAGUGCCCUGGGCAAAGGUAUUGCCUUUACGUUUAAUUUUACGUCUGGGUGCCCAAUAUCGUUAUUAUCCCUGCCCAUUGAUAUCGGUGCGUAAUCGUGAAUCGGUUUAUGGCGAGAUUGCCCAAACGAUAAUCAAUUUCUUGGUGGAUUUUCGUAACUAUUCCUAUUCCCUGCCAGCCAUACGAGGGCUGUUUAUUCACAUGGAGGAUCGUCAGACAACGGUGCUGAUACCACGUCAUCGUCAACAGGAUGUGAUUAAGGCCAUUAAUAAUGCCAGUGAUCAUAUAUUAGCAUUUGCUGGUAAUUUUUCCAAAGUCGCCGAUGGUCAUUUAGUUUGCAUGCAAAAUAUCAAUGAUGAUCGUACGGAAAUGUAUGCCUAUUCCACUCAAGCGAUAAAUAUUCAAGGACAGCCACGAAAAGUCACAGGCGCCAGUUUCUUUGUCCUAAAUGAAGCACUCAAGAGCAGCAGUGGGCUAUCGGGCAAGUGUAGCAUUGUCGAAGAUGGUCUCAUGGUGCAAAUAAUGCCAGCCAAAAUGGAAGAAGUGCGUCAAGCUCUCAGAAAUCAAACAGACAUUGAUAUUGUCUGUGGCCCAAUUGAGGCUAAUGAGGAACAAAGUGAACUUGUUAGCAUUAAAUGGGUUGAUAAUGAUCGUGAUAUCAAUGUGGGUGUCAAAUCCCCCAUCGAUGAUAAGGCCAUGGAUGGCAUAGCCAAUAUGCGUGUACAUGCAAGUUUUAACUAUUCCAAUGCCAAUUACGCCAUCAAAUUGAGUGACAUUUUUAUAGUCAAGUGCGAAGAUUGGUAUGCCACAAAUGGUGGCAACUAUACAGACAUCACCCGCAUAGCCGAACAAUUGGCACGUAGCGCUUCAAUGGCUUUGUUACCCUUCUUGGAUCUUUUGGCAGCUGCGGGCAUUAAUAAAGUUGGCCUGCGUGCCACUUUGGAUCAGGAAAAUGUCGGCUAUGAGGCUGGUGCUCGAGGGUCUAAGUUGCCGCCAUUAUAUAUGAAUGCUUUGGAUAAUCAUUUGAUAGCCACAUUGCAUGGCGAAUCAUCGGGUAUACAAGAGGCGAUCAUAUUGGAACUGGUUUUCUAUAUACUAAAUGCCUAAGAAAACAAACAAACAAACAAACAAUAAGAAGAAAAAGUGAAGCAAACAAAUUAUAAUAACCUCUAGUGCAAUUUUUGCUUGGUACUCGUACUUUUCGUAAAACAAUGUGUGUGUGUUUUUUUCAUAGCUAUAAUCUCCCUCUAUAUACUAUAUAAAUUUAAGUCUAUCAAAGUGAUUCUCCUAUACCCCUGUGACCCAGACCCCUGACGUGUUUUUUUUUUUUGGUUUUGCAAAUUGUGUAUAUAAAAAAAAGUAUAGUAAUCCAUUCCCGCCCCUCUUUUAACCCCUUUCCGCUUUUGGCAACUUAUUUUUUAAUGCUUGAACAAAGUUUAUUUUUCUAUUUUAUCUCUUUGUAUAUUGUCCAACAAAAAAAA